AAGAAAAAAAAACACAGGGAGCAUAAAACUGAGUGUGAAAGCAGGGGAGUGACAAUGGGCGCCUCCAAAAUGUCCAGGUGAAGAAGUAAUGAUGUUGAUACGUUCCGCCCUAAAAUAUAUAAUCCAAACCCCAUUACAACCACCAUUUCACCGGCGCUUCUAUACCGGCGGCGGCGGUUCAUCUAGUUCGAGCCCGAGCUUAUCAAUAUGGAGGAGGAAGAAAGAGCUGGGGAAAGAGGGCUUGAUUAUCGCUAAAGAACUCAAGAGGCACCAAGCUCACCCUCUUCGUCUCGAACGCUUUAUGAAAUCUCACGUGUCUAGGCUAUUAAAAUCUGACCUUGUUGCAGUUCUUGCUGAGUUUCAGCGCCAAGACCUUGUCUUUCUCUCCCUCAAGCUGUAUGAAGUGGUCCGUAAGGAGAUAUGGUAUCGCCCAGAUAUGUUCUUUUAUAGGGAUAUGCUGAUGAUGCUUGCAAGGAAUAAAAAGGUUGAUGAAGUGGAUAGAGUGUGGGAAGAUCUAAAGAGGGAAGAAGUUCAUUUUGAUCAGCAUACAUUUGGUGAUAUUGUUAGAGCGUUUUUAGAUAAUGGUUUGCCUUCAAAGGCAAUGGAGAUAUAUGAUGAGAUGAGACAAUCCCCGGACCCCCCAAUAUCUUUGCCUUACCGAGUCAUACUUAAGGGGCUCCUUUCUUAUCCAGAAUUAAGGGAGAAAGUGAAGGACGACUUCUUGGAACUUUUUCCAGGUAUGAUUAUUUACGACCCACCAGAAGAUCUCUUCGAAGAUCAAGAAUCGAGUAGAGAAAGUGAAGAAGAUUAGAGGGGAUUUCUGUCCCUACAACGUCUAAGCUGUUCAACUGGUUGAGUAUUUUGACCAUCAGUAGCAUUACUAUAUGAUUGUAAAUCCUAAUACAGUAGAAAGCAUGGUUUUGGCUUGUUAUUUCUGGUGUUUGUCCCUGUGUUGCGAAUACAUCAAAUUCAGUUCCAGCAGCAGUGGCUGGUUACGUCGCAGUAUAUGUAUAAUGUACGUUAAUGAAAUGUUUGUGUUGCCGUUUUAUGUAUUAGCUCUGCGAUUUUUAUCAAUGUGAUGCAAUGCUUUUCCAGUUCC